CCCCACCUGAGAUCCACACAUAGCCGGCCCCGCGCCCGUCGCUGGAGAAACCUCCGACGCCCGCCGCGGGACGGUGUGUGGGGCCCGCGGCGGUGGGACGCCAUGGGGAGGAAGCUGCGAAGCGAUGGGCGAGAAGGCCCCCGUGCACGACCCAGAACUGCGGUGGUUCGGGAGGUUCGGGCUGCGCCUGGGCGAAGGGCUCCGGCUCGACGUGGUGCACGUCAACGCGGCUCUUGCGGCCGGUCGGACCAGGGCCGGACCUGGGACGCUGCUGGAGAUACGAAGCUGCGAGAUUUGGCCAGAUGUGGUCAGUCUCAACAGCGUCAUGAACGUGGGUGCUCAAAAUGGGCAAUGGCAAGAUGUCCUAGAUCUUCUUUCUGCUCCCAAACAGCUCCACCUCCAACCGGAUCUCAUCACUUAUGGCUCCACCUUCUGCGCCUUCGAUCGAGGCGGACAAUGGCAUCGCGCCUUACAGAUGCUGCGCAGCAUGCCAAGCAGAGUGGUGGAGCCCAACCUCAUUAGCUACAACAGCUACUUGUCCAAUCUGGUCUGUCGAGGUGUCCUGGCGGCGGUUGGCACAUGGCCUCGUGCCAUGGAGCUCUUGGUAAAGGCUCAGGUCUCCCUCUUGCUGCCAGACGUGAUCUCCUUCGGAGCCUCCCAGACGGACGCGUGGCAGCACGCUGCAGGCAUCCUGGGGCGGAUGUUGCAGAUCUCUGUGAAGCCGAAUGCCGUCGUCUUCAACCGCGCGCUGAGCGCGUCCUGCCGUUCGGGUCGUCCGUGGCGCCAAGCCAUCCGCCUCUUGGAGCAGGCGGAGGAGCGCCGACUGGCUGAUCUCAUCACCUACAGCAGCGCCAUCGCGGCGUGUGCCACGGGACGAUCUUGGCAGUAUGCCUUGGCUCUUCUCAACGCGAUACGUUUGGCCAAACUGAAGCCGAAUGAGAUCGCCUUCAACUCGGUCCUCAGUGCGAUCUCCGAGUGGACUCGAGCGUUGGCGAUCUUGAGCUCUAUGGACCGCAAGACAGUGGCCAGCUUCGGUGCUGCCAUCGGCACUUGUGAAAAGGCUGGACAAUGGCAGAUGGCCUUGCAGUUGCUGGUGAUGAUGGGUGAGGCUGAGAUUGAAGCCAACGUCAUCACCUUCAAUAGCGCCAUCAGCGCCUGCACCCAAGGCAGUGAGUGGCCUAUGGCUUUGGCGUUGCUGUCCACCAUGGCUUCCGAACACCUUUGGCCAGACACAGUCAGCAUGAACAGUGCCAUCAGCGCUUGCGCCGAAUCUGGUCGUCUCUGGGUCGCGGUGAGCCUCAUCGAGUCAAUGUCAGAGUUUACCACUUCUCCCAACACCAUCACCCUCAACAGUGCCAUGAACGUCUGCGAGAAGGGCGGCUUCUGGGCCGUCGCGCUGAAGUUGUUGGGUGAUUUUGGGCGCAGGCGCCUUGACAGCACCACCAUCUCCCUGCACACCGCUGGCAGCAGUUGUGUCAAGGCGCUUCACUGGCAACAUGCACAACACAUUUUCGACACUGAAGAUGAUGUCACGAUCACCACCCUUGCAGCUACUGCGUGGGAGCUCAGCGAAAAGGCCCAGCCACUUUGCAGUGUCUUAUCAGAGCUGCAGUGGCAAAUGGCCGGCGACUUGCGUGGGUUUUCGGCGCUUGAAAAGAAGUGAUGGUUUCGCGGAAAAAGAGAGUCAUCGCGUCAAUGAUGCUGUGUUCUACAAGCAUCCAGCAGCCGCAGAAAGCGGAUCCAAAACGAGGCAAAUCUGGUGUUAUGCGCAGGCCACAUAGGCCGAGCGUUUGCGACGCAGAA